UAGUGCUAACGAUAUACGUGAAAGAAAUCAAGAAAUGAAGGUCGAUCAUCGUGCAGGAACUUCUCCAUUCACUUAACAAACUUAAUGUUUGAUAAAUAGUGGGAAUGAACGAUAGUUGAUCGCCCAAUAAUAGCUGAAAGGUUUAUCGUAGAACUAGGAUGGAGGAAAUUGGAAAAGAGAACCAAACAAAUGGAAGACGUUUCUCUGGCGGUUCUACAAACAGUGAUAGUGUUCCAGACAACCACGACUGUGAUUAUGAACCUGCUUUAGAGUUUGAUGAUACUGAAUUAGUGCAGGCAGCAAACUCAGAGACAGAAAUGGACAAGCAAGCAGAAUCAAAUACUGAUGAUGAUUAUCAGUACCUUGAAUCACCUUUAUCUGAUGGACUUAUGGACGAAAACUUUGAAGAAGCUUUAGCUAAUAGAGGAAUAGAUGACGAUGAUGAUAUGAAUGAUUUUUCAGAUAUUGCCAAAUAUGGUAUUGUAGAAGUUGCUGGUGAUGACUCCUAUGGAAGGAAGGUGAUAGUCAUUUCAGCAUGUAAGCUGCCUUCAAACAAAGAACUUAAUCAUGCCAAGUUUCUCAGGUACCUUAUGUAUACAUUGGACCAAUUUGUAGAAAGUGACUAUACAUUAGUAUAUUUCCACUAUGGUCUCAACAGUAGGAACAAGCCAUCUCUUAGCUGGUUAUGGGCUGCUUAUAAAGCAUUUGACAGAAAAUAUAAAAAGAAUCUUAAAACCUUGUAUCUAGUCCACCCUACCAAUUUCAUUAGAUUUGUAUGGCAGAUUUUCCGACCUGCUAUCAGUGUGAAGUUUGGAAAAAAAGUCAUGUAUGUCAAUUACCUUCAUGAACUGAAGAAGCAUCUUCAUUUUGAGCAACUAGCCAUUCCAAAAGCUGUCUUAGAUUAUGACAAUCAACUUAAAGCAGUUAAUAAGGGAACAUCAACCUGGUUUCCAAAUUCACCUAGCAGUAGCAGUUUACAUCUUCCAGGGCCUGUGUAUGAUACACAACAGUUUCGGGUUCCACUGUCUUUCAUCAAAGAACACAACAGUGGUGACCCCAUACCCCGAGUUGUGAAAGAGUGUAUUGCUUACCUUGACAGUGAUACAGCACUUGAAACCGAGGGAAUUUUCAGGAGAUCAGCUAAUACCCAGAUUCUUAAGACAGUACAGAGUUUGUUUGAUGAAGGUAAGCCAGUGAAUUUUGAAGAACAUGGUGAUAUUCAUGUUGCUGCUGUAAUGAUUAAGUCCUUCUUGAGAGAACUACCAGAACCACUUUUAACUUUUGACUUGUAUGAUGACAUAUUAAGCUUUCAAGAACUGGAGCAGACUGAGAAACUCCCUGUUGCCAAGUCUUUGAUACUGCAAAGGUUACCAGAAGAUAACUAUCAGCUUCUCAAAUAUGUUGUUGAAUUUCUUGUCAAGGUGAUUGAUUGCAGUGACUUGAAUAAAAUGACUGCCUCCAACCUAGCAAUUGUAUUUGGUCCGAAUUUAGUGUGGUCACAGAGCUGCCAAGCCUCUCUUUCGUCCAUUACUCACAUCAACCACUUCACAGAGUUUCUACUGAAGAACCAUGAUCUAAUGUUUACUAAGUAAAGCAUGUUUUCAGGAUCAAAAUAUUAAAAGAAUGACAAUUUUUUUUAUAUUUUUCAUCAGCAUGGGCAGUCAUGCUCACUAACACGUUUUUGAAGCACAUUUUAAAAGCUAGAAGUUUGUUAUGUUGUCUUUUUUUGUGUGCUUUUUUCACAGUUUCCAGAGUGAUUUUACUUGUCAUACAGCUUAAUCUUUGUUAAUAUAUAGAAAAACAGGUUGAAUAUCCAAAUACAAAAUUGAUACAUAUCACCUUUUCUACCUAACCCAUUUCAAACUUUUAGUGCCUGUUUUAUUUGGUUAAGACCAUUUUGUUGUUAGUUUUUAUGAUGAAGUGCCACUGUAAUAUGUUUUCUUCCUGUAUUUAACACACAAAUACUUGUAUUUAUAGGUGUGAGAAGGAAAGCAGUAAUCACUUGUAUAGUAGUAUAUUUUUGUUUUCUUGUAUAAAGGUUAAAGCUUUUAAAAGAAAAUCGUAAAUUGGAUUUUUUAAAUAUAUUAUUCAAUGUAGUCCAUAUAUAUAUAUAUAUAUUAAUUGUAACAAUACAAAGUAUUUAAACCUAUAUGUAAUGUACGAAAAACUACAGGAAUAUAAUAUUGUGAAGCAAAUGAAUGAAUAAGCAGACAUUAUAUAGAUUUUUAAAGAUGAGUAUAAAAUACUGCAUAGAAAUUAAACUAUCAAGCCAUGUUCUAAAAAGUUAGUCCCAGCAAAUUGGUGAAGUAGAAGGGCCAGAUGAUCAGAUAAAGCAAUAUGUGUUAUCAUAAGGGUAAUUAUAAUAAUAUUAUGAACUUGAAUAAAGCUGAGUAACUUUACUUCUAAACAUAAUUUAAAAUUUGAGAAUUUAUUGUGUUAUGACUAGCGGGCCUUUAAUUUUUGCCUUUGAAAUUUACGUGAGGCUUAAAACAAAAGUGUUAAAAAUAUAAAAUGAAAUUUAAAUGGAACAUAAGUUUCGCUUUGGUGUUCCCAUUUUUUUGUUGAAUUCCUUUUCUUUUACCUGUCCAUGUAGUUAUUUCCUGAUAUCACUCCUGUUUACAUCUGUGUAUAGUACUAUGUGGAAUCUUGGUGUUCAUUCAUCAAACAGGACAUUAGUACUCAUUAAUGCUCAAAUAUAGAAAUUGAUGGUUGUUUGGCAACAUUAUGAUGGUGGAGCAUUAUAAAUUAUUCUUAUAGAAAUAUUUAAUGAAAAUAUAAUUAAAAUAUUAGCAUUUGAUCCAAGUGUAAUUUUUGUGAAUGCACUGUAGGUUUGUAACAUGAGGGAAUAGAAUAGCAAUUUUGUACAUGAUCAUGUAUUCACAACUUUCAAAUUAUCUGUGUCUUAGUAACGAGUUUUGUUUUUGUUUUUUGUACAUAGAAGUUCUGGCAUCAAAUAUUCACUAAAUAUUUAAUGUCAGUUUGUAUGUGGUUCUGUGUAGAUAGCAUGUGUUACAGUAAAUUUUGCUGUAUUUUAUACAGCAAUAAUGUGACAACACUAACUACAUUCUUAAGUCUUAUUAUGAGAAACUAAUGUUGGUUAAAUAUUUACAUUAUUCAUAGAUUAAUUGCCACUGUUUUUAUAGUUCAGUGCAUUAAUAUAUUUUACUGGAAUAUUUAGUUAUUCUCAAAAAGUGUUUAAUCACAAUAAUGUACGAGAACAAUACAGAAUGUUAAGUAAAAUCAUCUAAUGCUUAUAGUUUCUUCUCUUAUAAAUUAAGAUUAUUUAUGCUAGUCUUAACUUGAAAACUUUAUCAUUGCUUCUUGUUUCUGAUGUAUAUAGAAUGAAUAUUGUAGUAACUAUUUAAAUAACAUGUAUAAAUUAUCAUUUGAUUUGACCAGACAGUGACUAGGAAAUUAAAAAAAAUUUCUUCGACAUAUAAGCUGAAUUAGCAGUAAGGAGUACUUCAGAACUGAAUAUCAGGAGAUUACGUUUUAUUGAUUUUUUUAUGUAAUUUGUCAAAUCUUUUUGAUCUUGCAUGUUUUUUAUCAUCAUGAAAAGUACACUUAUAGUAAACCAAAAGUCUCAGUGCAUAGAGUGUCAGAUGUUAUGCUGAUAUUAUAUAUAUAUAUAUAUAGUGAUAAGGUUCUAACCUAAUGAUUUCUGUUGACAUCAUUGUCUUUGACCUGUUGCUGGCUUUUACCAAGCUAGCUUAUGACAUACUGACAUCCAGUUAGUGAACUGUAAAUAUUGUAUGUGGAAAAUAAAAACAUACAUAAGUUUUUGAUCGAUAUACAGUAAUGACUAUAGGAUGUUAAUUCGAAACCUGAAAAUGUUUUUGGUAUUAGUGUAAUUGUCUUCCCGUAAUACAUACUUAAUAGGUUUUCUUAACUUUUAUUCAGGGUAGUUGGGUGUAUUAUAUUCAGUAGAAAUCUGAAGUUUCAUAUAUUGAAUUGUGUGGCUGUAAAAAACUUCUACUGAAGUCAUUACACAUUGCUUAGGCUAAUUUUCAUUCCUUCAAUAAUAUAAUAGUGGUAUAUUAACUAAUUUUCUACUUCGUAAUGUUGAUUUUAAAAUAUUUUUUUCCAGAAGUUGAUAUUAAUGUUUAUUUCACAGAAUAGGUUCUUUUUACUUCUCAUUGAAGUUGUCUUCUGUGGUUUAGUAAGUUCAUGACAUUCUGAUUAGAAGUUAGUUUUCAAAUAGUGAAGCAGUGGAAUGUAUUCAUUGAUCAGUAAGGGAGACUUAUGAUAAUGUAAUAUGUUCAAGUUAGUGAAUCAUAAAUCAUAGUAAAAGAUAUAGAAUAUAUAUGCAUGUGCAGACCACACUAUGAAAGUUUUUAGAAGUUCUUUGUGUAUAACAUUUGAUAAAUGUGAAGUUACUGGUAAGUUUGACAGAACUGAUACAUUUAUGGUAAAAAAAUAUAUUUAAAAUACUUGUUAUCACCUUUUGGAUCAAAAACAUUUUUGGUUGCUUGAUUAGUAACUGCAGAUUAUAUGAGGAGAUAAAAAUGCCUGUUACAGUAUUUUUUUUAGAAUUAAUUGCAGUAAUUGGGAUAUAAAGUGAAGUUUAUGAAGAUAUAUUUCUUUGUAGCUUCAUGCUUUUCCAUUUGUGUGAUAGUUUGUGUUUUUAUUGUUGUUGUAAAUCAAGAAUACCAUUCCAUUAUAUUCUGUGACUUGUGUGUUUUUAAGUAUGCAUAACAGUUAAGAAAUACCAGUAGUAGUUUACCCACUUGAGCUGCGUAUCAUAAUGCAGUAUUAUCGUGUGAGUAUCUAAUGGUCCUGAUAAAUAGAUUUGUUGAUUGAUAAAGCUGUAGUACGAAAUUGCUUUAUAUGUUUUUAACCUUAAGCAACCUUUAAAUGCUAAACCUGAUCAUAAGUAUAACAACCCAUUUUAUUUGUGUGUAAAUUAAAAGUGAUUGAAUGCAAGGUAAUUUUAUUUAUUACUUGUAUUUCAAACAGAGUUAAAGCAUUGAAACUACUAUCUUGUGUUUACCUACUAAAAAUGAAUUGUACAUUAUGAAAUUUGGUGAAAAUUUUAAGUAUAUUUUUUGAAAGUUAAUGUUUUUUUAAUACUAUGCUUUUUUACCAAUAUAUCUAUUUAACUUUUUAUAUAUUUGAACAGAAAUAAAGUUUGACUAAUAUCAUUUCAUAUAGAUCAUCAUGAGAUGUUAUAGAACUUAAAUGGCUGUAAAUGAGGUAACCCAUCUGAAAACAAAAGUCUGAGGUUGCAGUUCAAUUAACAGUUUUGGCCACUGAUUUUGAACUUUGGUGCUAACAUGCACAUGUAUGUGUGUAUAUAUAAAUGAAAGCUUUACACUGUAUCUGAUAUUCUACCAGAAAUGAAAUCUUCAUUAACAAUGAUACAUAGUUGAAAUGACUUGGAACUUAAAAGUUUUGUAAAGUAAUAAAAUGAUAAAAAAUAUUGUUUUGCUGUAAAGAGGUUUUUUUUAUCUUUAAAGAUCAUGCGUUUUUAUUGCUUUCGUGUUUAUUCAUAAUUUUCAUUUUUGAGUCGUCAGCUCUUGAUGUUAAAAAUUGAGAAAUGAAUCAAAUAGUAGUGUCUGCCUUUUGAUAUUUUAAGAAAUUAUUUAUUUGUUGUAUUAAAUGUAUCUUCUUUAUUUGGGUAGCUUGCAAGUUAAUGCGAAACUAUACUAAAUUGUAUGUUAUUCAAAAAUAAUUGUUUAUUUUUUCAUUUUCAUGUGUUUAAUUUGAUACUGUUCAUUAAAUGUCAUGAUACAUUACAACUAUCAUGUUGUCUAACAAGCAAUUAUUAAAAUUACUUGCUCAGUUUAAAAAAAUAGGUGGUGCUUUGCUCUUGUGGUUAAAAAAAAGCCAAUACACAGGUUGUGAUGAAUAGUUACAUUUAGUAACUUCAUUACCAUGUGUGAGUCAUUGUUACAAACGUUAAGAAACUAUUAAAGUAUAUUGUUUCAAAUUAACUUGUUAAAUUGAUAUGGAUAAAGUAGGAAAUUGAUAAAAACUUUUAGUAUACUUAAGCUAAGUUUAUAUUUUAUCACAUUAUUUUACUUCUUUAGUUUUAAGGAAACUGAUGAAUUACUUCUCGUUAAAUAGAUGUCUAGUAGUGAUUCUUGAUCUUGUGCAAAGUAACACAGUACUGUAAUAUCCAUACUUAGAAUAAUCUGGUGACUUCAAAGUUCAGAUAUACUCUUGUAGUAGUAUUUGGUAUUAUUGGGUAAAAAUUACUACAUGUGUAUUUUUCUCAUGCUAAUAAGAAAUUAGCAAAGAAAUUUUACGACAUUGUCUUAAAUACCUCUUCUUUCUCAUAAGCAUCUCUUUCUAUAGUUAAAUCAUCAAAAAGUUUACUGGUUAAAAUGUAAAUUUUAGCAGAAAAACAUUGGUUUCAUAUAUCUUGUGUAUGUUAAACACCUUUUAGUGUAAUUUUGUGAGUGCACUGUGUGUGCAUAUUUUAGUGCUUUGUCAAAUAGACUCAGAAAUUAGUGUCUGAGCAUGUACAAUACACAUUCUGUGUUUUGUUUUGAACGAGAACUGAAGUUUUAUAACUGUGUAUUUACAAUGAGAUUAGAAUUAGUUUCAAAUUUGUGCACAUACAUUUGGAGAUAGCAUUUCCAAUCUUCCGUGGGUAAUCUUAACCCACUUCAGUUUUGUGUGUGAUAAAAGCAUGUUUCUUAACACACUAUCUCAGUAGUUUGCUACUAGUUCUCCCUCUAAAGUUUUCAAACAAAGUGUAAUAAGUUUGUGAUAAACUGAUAUUCAUAUUUGCUUUUAUUUAUAGGUGCUCAACUGUUUUAAGCAAUUGUGUGAUAAUUCUAACUUGGAGAUACUGGAUGUUUAAGUUGUGUCAUAUACAUGUACUAGAAAAAAAAUUAGUGGAAUUACAAAAUUUUAUACUCUUUACAGAUUAUGGGUGUAUAUAUUUAAUGCAAACUUUAUCAAAAAAAAGAGAGAGAAAUUUAAAUACAUAUUUUAUAUAGGUAGUGCUGGAAGUGUAGUUUUCACUUAAGUGCUGUGAGCGAGAUUUUGUACCACUUUAAAUAUAAUGAGAGUUUGGAGUUGUGGAGCUAGAACUUCAGUGUAUCAUUAGGUUUGAAAAUUUAUGCAAAAAAUUUGAGUUGCAAAUAAGAGGUAUAAAGUAAAUGUAGCAAUCAAGCAUUUGGUUUCAUUUUUAACUGCUUUUCAUAUUGAAAAAAUACAGUUUCUAAAUCAGUUAGAUGACAUCCAUACUUCCUGAAUGACUUUCCAUGGUGGAUGAAAUAGUUUCUAGGUCAAUUAGAUGACAUCCAUACUUCCUGAAUGACUGUUCUAUGGUGGAUGAAAUACAGUUUCUAAAUCAUCCAACUUUGUACUGUCUUUCCAGAAUAAUUAAUCCAGAAAUGAAUUAAAUAUUAAAUAUAGUUUUUACAACACUUAGUUUGUGUUUAUAUUUCCUGAAAGACCAAUUGUUGUUCCAGUGGAUUAAAUAUAGGUUCUAAACCAACCAAAUAUUUACGUUCUUACUUUGCAGACUUUAUUGUCACUACACAUAUUUUAGUUUGUAGAAAAUCUUGUUGUUUUUUUUUCGUUUUUUUUUAAAGCAGCCACACACUGCAUACUAUUCAAGUAUUUUUAAUUGUUAGUCCAUUUCCAUUCUAUAAAGGUAUUUAUUUUUAAGUCAUUUAAAUAUUCUGCUGGUGACUUGAUCGUUUCACUUAUUUCUGCAAGUUACCUUUAUUAUUUAAUGAAUAUACAUGUAGUACAUUAGUUUGUGUGCCAUGUAUUUAUAUAUAUGGCUUGUUAAUUUUUAUAAGUUGAAGUUAGUUCUUCCAUUCCUGUUAGUGUAACAUGAUGUUUAUUCUCAUUUGGACUAGUCUUACAGCUUCUUGUGCUUUUGCUAAACUGGUUUUUUUAACAGAUUAUUUCUAAAAUGCCAUAAUUAUAGAGGUAUGUACAUACAUUUAUGUACAGGGUAUCUCAAAGGUCCAUACUCAUAGACAGAAUUCACUAUUAACCUUUAUUUUAACAAUUGUUAAAAUUGCUUGCCAUCAACUUGCACACACAUAUCGUAUGUAUUUUCUCUUGAUCUGUAUAUAGUCAUCCAUUACAUAUAUUUUUUGUCUGAAAAAAAUAAAUAAAAUAACAGUUAUACAUAACAGAAUGGCCAUGAGUACAAACUCUUGAGACACCCUGUAUAUUUAACUAUUUCUAAAUCUUUUCAGAUUAUAAAGCAUAAAUAGCCCAUUGUGCUUAACCCUGCAUUAGUCUUGUGUAAAAAUUUUCCAUAGUCAAUCUUCCAGGGACCGAGCAAACCCCAUCAUAAAAAAAUUAAUUUUAAAAUAUUUAAAUAACAACUAGCUAUUAUCUAGGAAACAAAAAAAACACUAACAUUCAAAAUCUUUUCCUUUAUCAAUCAAUAAAUGAACAUUGAAUAUUACAAUUUUUUUACUAAGUGUAACAAUUUAACAUAAACUAACUGAAUACUGAAGCUACUGAGAACAACAAACAUGUACAUGCUUUUAUUUGUCUGCACCGAUGUUUCAAUAUUUUGGGGUCCGUGAAUACCUUGGAAGACUAACAUAGGGUUAACUACGGACAAAUUGAAAUAUAAAGUUGGUGUGUGUUUUGUGCACAGAAUAAACUUGUGGUUACUAGUAAAAUGUGCUAGUUGAAGGUGUUUUUUUUUAAGUAAUUGUUCUGAGAUUUGGGCUCUUUCAAAUAACGCAAAUACAAAAAUAUCUACUCUGAAAGUUUAUAUUUAGUAUUAUAAGUUUAAGAUUUUGAAUUUAAUUCAUGAAAUGUUACAAAAUGUUAUGGUAUUCGGCUAAAAUUAAUUGAAAGGAUUUUGAAUUAUUUUUUAUGUUUGAUUAGAAUAUAUAUUGCCACACUAGCUUUUUUUUUCAUUUUAUAAACUUGUAGAAUGCAUUAUUAUUAUUAAGACUACUUCAAAAUUUUUGGCAUGAUCAUUUGGUUACAAAAGUAGUAUACAUUUAGGUAACAGCUAACCAAUAAAAAUUGGUGGCUCUGUCUAAUAAACAACCACUGCAACUAAGGUUGGUAAGUAGUAAAACCAACUAUUUAAAAUUUUCUGUAACAUAUAUAUAGAAUAUCUAAAGAAAACAAGUUUUGAUAAUAUUAAUCACUGUUCAUUACGUAUAUAUUGUCAUUGAAAACCCAGUGAAUUCAUUAUUUAGUAAUCCAGAAAAAAAUGUGGUUAGAAAUUUCUUGUUGCACAAGAGAACAAGUUUUCUUUAUAUAUCCACACAUAACUUGUAUUUUAUAUGAUAUUUAAAAAUGAUUUGUUUUGGUUUCUUGUACAUUAUGUAAUAUUAUAGUGCUUACUUGAACUGUGGGGAAUGAGAAUAUAAAUAGUAGUCAGCUUUAAUACUAAUAAUGUUAUUUCAUAAUCUAUCUUGCUCAAAACAGCCAGUUUGAGAAAUGGAUUAUGAUUAGAUUGUAGUGAUAAAGGAAACUCUUUACUUUGUUUUUCAGUUAAGUAUAUGGUCCAAAAUAUAUAAUUUGUGUAAUAUAUAUAUAUAUAUAUUUAGUUAUAUUACUGUCAUUCAAUGUAAUAAUGCUUUGAGAACUAAUUUAUUUUGGGUCUGUGUGGAAUUUCAUAAGUAUUCUAUUAACAAGAGAAAAUGUGCAGCAUUUUGAUUAUUUAAAACUUUUAGGGCUGAACAGUUUACUCUAGUAAGAUAAGUGUUACUUUAUGUUACAAAAUGCAUAAAGGAAAAUAAAGUUUGUAACAUUC